GCAAAGAAGAAGAAGAAGCGCAAGCCCAAGAAGAAGAAGAAGGGCGGUGCCAAGGUCCAGAGCUCUCCUCCCCGAGUUCCCGUGUCGGAAUUGUUCCCCAACGGCCAGUACCCCGAAGGCGAGAUUGUCGAAUACAAGGAUGAGAACUCCUACCGCACAACCAAUGAAGAGAAGCGAUAUCUUGACAGGAUGAGGAAUGAUUUCUUGCAAGAAUAUCGCCAGGGAGCCGAGGUGCACCGUCAAGUGCGUCAGUAUGCGCAGAAGAACAUCAAGCCCGGACAGACCUUGACCGAGAUCGCCGAGGGGAUUGAAGAUGCUGUCCGCGCCUUGACCGGCCAUCAGGGCCUGGAGGAGGGCGAUAACAUCAAGGGUGGCAUGGGUUUCCCCUGUGGUCUCAGCAUCAACCACUGCGCCGCCCACUACACCCCGAACGCGGGGAACAAGAUGGUCUUGCAGCAAGGCGAUGUGAUGAAGGUCGAUUUUGGUUCCCAUAUCAACGGCCGCAUUGUCGACAGCGCCUUCACCAUGACCUUUGACCCCGUCUACGACCCGCUCUUGGAGGCGGUUAAAGAUGCGACGAAUACCGGCAUCCGCGAAGCUGGUAUUGACGUGCGCAUGAGCGAUAUUGGUGCUGCCAUUCAGGAAGCAAUGGAGAGCUACGAAGUCGAGCUCAAUGGCACUAUGUACCCCGUCAAAUGUAUCCGGAACCUUAACGGCCACAACAUCGACCAGCACAUUAUCCACGGCGGCAAGAGUGUGCCUAUUGUGAAGGGCGGUGAUCAGACCAAGAUGGAGGAGGGCGAAGUAUUUGCCAUCGAAACCUUCGGCAGCACCGGAAAAGGCUACGUGAGAGACGACAUGGAAACCUCUCACUAUGCCUUGGUUCCGAACGCUCCUUCUGUCCCUCUGCGACUUUCAUCUGCAAAGAACUUGUUGAGUGUGAUCAACAAGAACUUCGGCACCCUGCCCUUUUGCCGCCGCUACCUCGACAGAUUGGGUCAGGAUAAGUACCUCCUCGGUUUGAACAACCUCGUCUCAUCGGGAAUCGUCCAGGAUUAUCCCCCCCUGGUCGAUAUCAAGGGCUCCUACACUGCCCAAUUCGAACACGUAAGGAAUCAUCAUUUGAACCCCAUCAAUACUUCUCCGUACAGUGAGACUAAUUGGCCACAGACCAUCGUUCUUCGACCAACUCUCCGCGUGGCCUCAUCCCAGAAAUCAAAGUCCUCAACAGACGCCGAGCCUUCAACGCGAAUUCCUCCUCCGAAUACAUCAGUAGAAGACCAUUUUUUCUGGACAUACACGGAGGAACCACAUCGUUCCAGACGACAAGCGAUCAUCAAGGCGCAUCCAGAGGUAACAAAGCUCUGUGGACCGGAGCCCCUGACGAAAUGGGUUGUCUUUGGUGUUGUCGCACUCCAGAUCUUUUGUGCCUGGGCCCUCCGGAACACUUCGAUGCUCGACUGGCGUUUCCUAUUAACCGGAUAUUUGAUCGGCGCGACGGCGAACCAGAACCUCUUCCUCGCCAUCCAUGAGAUCUCACACAACCUGGCAUUCCGUUCUCCGUUUGCUAAUCGACUGUUGGCCAUUGUGGCUAAUCUACCGAUUGGAAUUCCUUAUAGCGCUUCAUUCCGGCCAUACCACCUGACGCAUCACAAGUCUCUUGGAGUCUCUGGGCUGGACGCUGAUCUGCCGACGGCCUUGGAGGCCGUCUUCCUGGAUUCUCUGCUGGGCAAGGCGUUCUUCUGCACGUUCCAGAUCUUUUUCUACGCCGUGCGGCCUAUGUUUAUCUAUACGCCCGCGUUCACAUCAAUCCAUCUGUUAAAUGUGAUUGUGCAGCUGACGUUCGACUAUAUCCUUACCUGGAGCUGUGGCUCGAUCCAGCCCCUGCUCUACCUGCUGCUCAGCUCCUUUCUGGCGGGGUCACUCCACCCCUGUGCCGGCCAUUUCAUUGCCGAGCACUACUUCUUCUCCCAGGUCGAAGCGGGCGGCACCGAGUCCCUGCAGGAGCGCAGGCAGAUGAAGAACGCAACUGGCUCUUCUUCUAAAGACCGUGUCCCGCACCCUCUAGACUCGCUGCCUCCGCCAGAGACCUACUCCUACUACGGCCCGCUCAACUUCUUUACCUACAAUGUCGGUCUGCACAACGAGCACCACGAUUUCCCUGCCAUACCAUGGACACGCCUGCCGGUCUUGCACAAGAUGGCCAAGGAAUUCUAUGAGCCGCUCCCCUGCCACCAUAGCUGGGUUUGGGUGCUGUGGACCUUCAUUCUCGACAAGAACGUCGGCAUGUGGUGUCGUGUUAAGAGAGCCCAGGGCGGUCGCAUCGUGGGCGGUGGUGCUUCUGCUUCUAGUCGAGCUGGUCGUGGCGGGGAGGGUAUCCCUGCAGCCGAAGACGAGGCAGGUGAUGGAUGGAAGGAAAGCGAAAUUCAGAAUUAA